AUGUCGAACAAUAAAGACGAGAGAAGUGUUACAUCGGAACUUUGUUUUAAAUGGAAAGUAAACUACGAUACGAAGCAGCGCAUAGAAUCCGAUCUGUAUUCAUCUAAUAUUACAAAUUUAACAUGGAAAAUGGAGUUGUGUAAUGCUGAUGAAGAAGGUCAAGUUAAAAUAGAUUUGUGUUUAGUUUCAUGUGAAAAUUCAUUUAAAGGCCUUAUAAAAUACAUCAUAUUAGAUCGUAAUGGCAAAGAGUCAUAUUUUAAAGAUUCUAAUAAAGAACAGUUCGAACAAGAUGGUGUAUAUUCAACAUAUUUAAUUCCAAGUGAUAAACUGACGGAUCCAGCUAAUAAGUUAUUGUUCGACGAUAGAUUGACAAUAUCGUGUAGACUUAUCAUUAUGAAUGAUGACUCAUUAAUUACAAACACUAAUUGUUCUUUGAUUGCGGAUUUAGGAAAUAUGCUUGAAAAUAAAAUACUCAGCGAUGUAAUACUAAAAUCCAAGGAUAAACAUGAAUUUAGAGCCCAUAAAUGUAUAUUGGCUGCUCGUUGUGAUUACUUUGCUACAUUAUUCGAAACAUGUAAAAAGAAUAAAUUUUAUAAUAUGAAUUUUGAUAGAAAGACUUGUGAGGCAUUUUUACUGUAUAUUUACACUGGCAAAGUUUCAGUUUCAGAUGAGUUGUUGCAACCGCUCUUAAAAUUAGCAAAUAAAUAUAAGCUCAAGGAACUAAAAUCCUUGUGUGAAAAUAAACUUCCAAAGAAGAACUUGCCAAAAAAUAUUUAA